AUGGUCGAGCUGUCUCUUGAAGCACCGAAAGGUCUUAUUUUGGCUAUUUUAAGCGUCCGCAAGUGCCCUUGCUCCAAAGUGCCACGGACUCAUGAGCGGAUCGACAGCAAGCACCGGACCGUUGGGGGGUGGAAAAAGGAGAUCGUCUGUCGCCACUCGGCUCCUCCCGAACCCAACCCAGGCCCAGGAAGAAACUUGUCAAUGUAG